GUGGCUUGUAAAAGCCAAAUAAAACAAAAUAAAAAAAGCAAAAAGUAUCUUUUGUCGGAUAUUUUUUUUAUAAGCAAAUUUCAAAUUUGUCUUGAAAUGGAAGCUGCAUAUGAUGAUCUAGUGAAAAACAUUCAAAACAAAUUACAUACUCUUUUCCUUAUUAAGAAAGAUAAAGAUCCUGAAAGAAACGGAAAUGCCCAAUUUUCUAAUAUACCUUGGUCUUGGAUUGCAGUAAGAGUUGCUGAAAUAUUAUCAGAAUAUCCAACAGGUUUAACAGAAACUGUUUUAUUAUCCAUGUUGGAAGUGAUGUGGGAAAAGACUUUUAUUAAGCGAUCAAAUGGAUUUGAUAAAAAUUUUAGUACAAUUCAAGCAGUUUAUGAAAGUAAUACAGAUGAAACAUUUAUAUUGGAAGUUACAGUAAAAUCGUGGAAGCUACUUCCUGGUUCUAAGAAUUAUCAGAUCACAGUGAUUGAUGAAGCGAAUAUUCGAGAACUAGAUAUUUAUAUGCAUCCAAAAUUUAAUCAUUGGAUUACCUAUCAAUGCAGCGACAACAACAAAAAUCUUUUUUUGAACCGUAAAAUUCGAAUGAUAUGUCCCCCAAAAGUGAAUACACCUAUCCUCAGCAAACAUAAAGAUAAAGAUUUCCCUCGUAAAUAUCGUGUUGCCAUUAUACCCCCAACCCAGCUUAUUCUCAUUAUGCUUGAUCGCAACGACAAAAAUUUUGUCCAUCAAGAGUUCCCCGAUAAAAUUCGAGACAUUCACAAAAAGCAUGCUUGUCAAUUAUGGCUCAAAAUUAUCCAUGUUGAGCAUACUGUACAUACAUCAUCAGCUAGAAUUGACCCUGGAGAGGCACCUAAGGCACAAAAAACAAAUUUGUAUUUGGUUGAUAUGAGUAGUGACAGUGUUUCGAUCAUAUUAUCACUUUAUGAUCAAUUGACAAAAUUAGUAUCCAUGUUUCGAAGAAAUGAUUACAUUGGAUUGUAUUACCCUUCCAGGCAAAAAGGAACUGAGGAUAUUGUCUUCGAGUGUUCAAACGAGACUGUCAUCUUUUUAAUGUCGGAAAAGGAGGCCCAGGAAGCUGGAUUAGCUAAAACGAAUUUAAUGAGCUAUAUCGAGAGUCAACCAUCGUUUUCAACUCCUAAAAAUGAUAUUAUGGAGCGCGAUGAAGAGGGUUUCAUGGACUGUUCUAAUUAUCUAUCAAGAAUUUAUGUAAAAGACCUUACUUAUUGUAUGUUAAAUGUGACUCUAUUUGGAAAAGUAACGGGUUUAGCCAAUUGUAAUCCUUUUAUUAAAACGAAUGAUAAUGGUGAGGUACAAAAAAUGAACAGAUAUGCCUUAAAAAUUGCGGAUUCAACAGGUACAAUGGAUAUCACACUUUGGGAGGAUGCUGGACGUGAUUCUAGGAAAAUAAGAUCAGGGCAAUAUAUUCUAUUAGAUUCUUUAGUUACUUCGCAUAAAUAUACAGCAGGUGAUAAACAAGUCUGGUAUGUCAAUGGUAGCUCUGUCUGUGGAACAAGAACGUUUAACAUCUCAACUCUUAGUUGCUUAUUAUCAAGUACUGCAAUACGAUCUAUUGUCCCAUUAUGGCAUGCAAAAGAGAUAGGAAAUGAUCAUUUCCAAGUGGAAGGUAUCAUUAUUGGUUGGGAAUUGCAUUUGAAAGCAGAAAAAGAUCAGAUUGCUCUUACCGAUGAAUACACUCAAAAAUCAAGUAAUUAUACUGCCCCUAAAAUAGAUUUUUCAGAUUACUCACUGGGAUCACGUAUCAUAACAAGUGCACAUAGCAACUGCUUAUUACCACGAAUUCCUGAUAAAGACACUUGUAGCUUUUGUGGAUGUCAAAUAGGAGAUAAUGUUGUAAAUAUUUUUAGACCUAAACCUGAAAAAUUAGAUAGUAAAUAUGGACAUGACUGGGAAGGCUGGAUUGAAUGGAGAUUAGACAAUGGCACGAGUAACUGUACAUUUUACGGAGGUGAAGAGACUUUGUUAAAUAUUACUGCUUACAAUUUUAAGAUCAUGCCACUAAAAUCACAAAUUGAAUUAUUAAAUAGUGUUAUUGGUGCUUCAAUUCUGUGCUCACUCUCGGGAAAUGGUACAUCAGCCUAUAGGCUUAAUCAAAUGAUCUUUGUUAAGCCUACACAGCAAGAAUGCAGGAACAUGUUAGAAAUCUUGGAUAAGAAGAAUUAAACAGUUGUUAGAAAACUAGGAAUUCUUAUUUUUAUAUAUUUAAUAUCGUGCUUAUAAUGUGGCACAAAAAAGCUUUAUUUUUAUUUUUUUUGUCAGAAAAGAAAUUCUUAAAUACUCUUUUUCAUAAUUUUAUAUACCAAAACCGUGUUUGUUAUCUAUAUACAUACUUUUUAUUGGCCGAAAAAAUGCCUUAACAGAACUCACUAAUUAGGGAGAGAGAGAGUAAACAAUGCUCUAUAUUAAAUUACCCGCCAAGGUUUGAAAUUGUUCUCUCAAAAUCUGCAUUAAGUAUUUUAGGAUUAUACGCAUUUAUAUUGUUUUCAUUAAUAAUAAUUAAAGUAUUUACUGCCAUUAAUAAUAAAAUUUCUG